GGGAGGGGGCCAACUUCUGCAUAAAGCUUCACAGAAAGUGAUUAUUAUUUUAUUUUUUAUAUAAUAAAUUUAAGAUUGAAAAGAGAUAGAGAGAGCUAAAAAAGCAAACAGAGGCCAAGACAAGGCAAGCACGUGACCUGCCAAUAACUUAGCUGCUUUGCUUUAACAAAGAGACAUAAGACAUCCCAUUGUUCUUUCUGAUGAUGGUCUCUGUUCAAUCCCACGCAUCUCCUUUGGUCCAAUCAAUUCUUUUUUUUUUUUUUAAAUAUCAAACAAAAUUAUUAUUAUUAUUUUUUUUUCACUUUUUUAUAGUUGUGUAAAAAGCAAAAUAAUUUUUCGUAACUGGGUCUGGCUGCAUCUGUAUCUGUGACCAAGUUUGGCAUUUUGUUUUGGCCUUUGUGUGUUUGGGAUUUCUCUCUCUUUUUUAUUUUUUUAGUUUUUCUUUUUACCAUUUUGUGUCAUGAGCGUGUGUGAGUGUGAGAGUUUGAUUGAGAAAGAAGAUAAUGUGAAGUAGAAUCUUAACUAAAGGAGGAAGGAAAGGAAGAACAGAGCAAGAGGGUAAAAAGGAAAAAGCCAGCAACCCCAUUCUAUAAUGGAAUUUGUGGGGAUCGCCCAUAAACUAUUUGAAUAAGUUUUCUGCAUUUUCAGAUCUCUAGGAUCUCAGAAUUUCAGGCUUAAGGUUUUUUGUUGCUUGUUUCUCGAGAAAAUUCUCACCUUUUUGCUCUUUGUCUGAGCUCGUAUGGUGCCCAUUUGACUUGGUUUGAUUCGAAUUCCCUGUUUUUCCAGCUCGGUUCUUCUUGGAAUAGUGGUUUUGGCAUCUGGGUAUCUCUCGUUUUAUGAAAUUUAUCAGCAAGUUGAUGGCUUUAGUUGUUUGAAGGAAAAGAGAAAGUAAAGCCAAAACUGAGUUCUUGCUAUUUUUGCCAAAGUUGGGUUUUGCUUUUUCUGGGAUUUUUUAUUUGGAGGCAAUUUUUAUUGGCUUUGAUAAGGCAAUGUGUAAGUUUGAUCUUAUGUGAGUAUGGAUAAUGUGGUUAUUGGUUAUGGUGGUUUUCAUCAUUGGGUACUGGUUGUUGCUAAAAGAAAAUAAAGUUACUUAACAGAGAAAAGGAAAUGAAGAAAAGUAGUUUCGUUUUGUGGAAAGUGGGGAUACUGAUUUUAGCAUUGGCUGAAGCCAUUUCUGCAACUCUUUCUCCAACUGGUAUAAACUAUGAAGUUGUAGCUUUGGUUGCUAUAAAGAACAGUCUUUAUGACCCACAUAAUGUUCUGGAGAGCUGGGAUAUCAAUUCUGUGGAUCCUUGUAGCUGGAGGAUGGUUACUUGCUCCCCAGAUGGUUAUGUGUCUGCUUUGGGACUGCCUAGUCAGAGCUUGUCCGGUACUCUAUCACCUUGGAUCGGAAAUCUCACCAAUUUGCAAUCUGUUUUGCUUCAAAACAAUGCGAUUUCGGGUUCAAUUCCUGCUACAGUUGGUAAACUAGAGAAGCUUCAGACACUUGACCUGUCCAACAAUACUCUCACUGGUGGAAUACCUGAUUCUUUGGGGAACUUAAGGAACUUGAAUUAUUUGCGGUUGAAUAACAAUAGCCUUACAGGACCUUGCCCUGAGUCUCUAUCUACUGUUGAAGGUCUUACUCUUGUGGACCUUUCUUUCAACAAUUUGAGUGGUUCAUUGCCAAAGAUAUCUGCAAGAACCUUCAAGAUUAUAGGUAAUCCUUUACUUUGUGGUCCAAAGACUGCGGGGAACUGUUCUGCCAGCUUUCCGGAACCAUUAUCAUUCCCGCCUGAUGCUCUAGAAGCUCAAUCGGGCUCUGUGGGGAAGCGUCAUCGAGUGGCUAUAAUAGCUGGUGCAAGUUUUGGUGCUACAUUUAUCAUCUUGCUAUUGUUAGUUUUGAUUGUAUGGUGGCGAUAUAGACACAACCAGCAGAUUUUCUUCGAUGUUAAUGAACAAUAUGAUCCAGAAGUAUGUUUGGGCCAUUUAAGAAGGUAUACAUUUAAGGAGCUGCGAGGAGCAACUGACCAUUUCAACUCGAAGAACAUUCUAGGAAGAGGUGGUUUUGGAAUCGUGUACAAGGGAAUCUUGAAUGAUGGGACUGUUGUAGCAGUUAAAAGGCUAAAAGACUAUAACACUGCUGGUGGUGAAAUCCAAUUUCAGACAGAAGUUGAGAUGAUAAGUUUGGCUGUACAUCGAAAUCUUCUCAGGCUUUGUGGAUUCUGCUCAACUGAAAAUGAACGCCUCCUCGUUUAUCCUUAUAUGUCUAAUGGAAGUGUUGCCUCUAGAUUAAGAGAUCACAUUCAUGGCCGGCCGGCUUUAGACUGGGCGAGACGGAAAAGAAUAGCUUUAGGUACGGCAAGGGGGUUAGUUUAUUUGCAUGAACAAUGUGAUCCCAAAAUUAUCCACCGCGAUGUCAAAGCAGCCAACAUUUUGCUCGAUGAAGACUACGAAGCAGUUGUUGGAGAUUUCGGGUUGGCAAAACUUUUGGAUCAUAGAGAUUCUCAUGUGACCACAGCUGUGCGUGGCACUGUUGGGCAUAUUGCUCCUGAGUAUCUCUCAACGGGCCAAUCAUCAGAAAAGACUGAUGUUUUCGGCUUUGGGAUUUUACUUCUGGAGCUAAUCACUGGUCAAAAGGCCUUGGAUUUUGGACGACAAGCGAAACAGAAAGGCGUUAUGCUUGAUUGGGUAAAGAAACUGCAUCAAGAAGGAAAAUUAAACUUAAUGGUGGACAAGGAUCUUAAAGGAAAUUUCGAUAGGAUUGAAUUGGAGGAAAUGGUUCAAGUUGCACUGUUAUGCACUCAGUUCAAUCCUUCAUACCGGCCGAAGAUGUCCGAGGUUUUGAAAAUGUUGGAAGGCGAUGGUUUGGCCGAGAAAUGGGAGGCCUCUCAGAAGGUUGAGACGCCUAGAAUCCGAUCAUGUGAACACCCACCACAAAGAUAUUCAGAUUUUAUAGAAGAAUCUUCACUUGUGGUAGAAGCAAUGGAGCUGUCUGGCCCUAGGUGAUCAAACCAAACCAAACCACAUUUUACUCUUUUCUUGUAUACCACUUCUCCCUCCCAAAUGGUUGAGUCACCUAGCUUUGAAAUCAAAUUGCAAAAAUGUAUGUGAUUGUUGUUGAUAGCUUUCUUGAAUGCAUCUGUAAAAAAUGAAGAAAAAACCAAAACAAAAUAUCAAAAAAAAGAAAGGGAAAAAAGUAAUAUGUAUAAGCUGUGCUUUUGUCCUUAAAAUCAAAUGAGUUAAGUUAAUUCAAGAGUGACCAAGGCCAGAAUUGUUUUUUUUUUGGGAGAGGUUAGAAGAAGUGUUUGUAUGUAGCUACAACUACUUUAUAGUUUGUUUUUGUGUCUAAUUAAUUUGAUUGUACUACUAGUUUCCAAAGUUGUCAAUUUAGUUGAUCUAUAAAACUCAUGUUUCAUA